UAAAUGGUUUGGUGUACCUUGGCAGAAGUACCUCAGUUUAGGGAUAGGUAGUGAAAGAAAAGUUGUCAGAGAAGCUCGGAUGUUGUAAUUUUGUUUGUAAAGCACUGGUUAACCCGAUUGACAGACAUUUAAGACUUAUUUUAACAGAGCAGCGGCCCGGAACCGACGACUGUUGUUUCUACUGCACGUUUUAAAGAGGAGCUAAAAUAAUCUGCACUGAAGCUGACGGACUGUCGAGUUGGCAAAGCCUAAAGAUGUUUCAGAUAAAGAGGAUCUGCUGCAUUGGUGCUGGGUAUGUAGGAGGCCCUACAUGCAGUGUGAUUGCCCAUAUGUGUCCAGAGAUCACCGUGACCGUUGUGGAUGUUAAUGAAUCUCGCAUCAAAGCCUGGAACUCGGAAACCCUGCCCAUAUAUGAGCCUGGUCUCAAAGAGGUGGUGGAGUCAUGCCGAGGGAGAAAUUUGUUUUUCUCCACAGACAUAGAUUCAGCCAUCAAGGAUGCAGACCUUGUCUUCAUCUCUGUAAACACACCAACAAAGACCUAUGGGAUGGGUAAGGGUCGUGCUGCUGACCUCAAGUUCAUUGAAGCAUGUGCGCGGCGAAUUGUUGAGGUGUCUGAUGGCUACAAGAUUGUGACAGAGAAGAGCACAGUCCCUGUGCGAGCUGCUGAGAGCAUCAGACGGAUAUUCGAUGCCAACACCAAACCCAGUCUCAACCUACAAGUACUGUCCAACCCAGAGUUCCUUGCAGAAGGAACAGCAGUACGUGACUUGAAGGAGCCAGACCGUGUGCUGAUUGGUGGAGAUGAAACAGCUGAAGGUCAAAGGGCGAUCAAGGCACUGUGUGCUGUGUAUGAACAUUGGGUCCCAAAAUCACGAAUCAUCACGACCAACACAUGGUCUUCAGAGCUUUCCAAACUGGCAGCCAAUGCAUUUUUGGCUCAGCGUAUCAGCAGCAUUAACAGUAUCAGCGCCCUGUGCGAGGCCACGGGUGCUGACGUGGAAGAGGUGGCUAAGGCAAUUGGUAUGGACCAGAGAAUAGGCAGCAAGUUUCUCAAAGCCAGUGUGGGUUUUGGUGGGAGUUGUUUCCAGAAGGACGUACUGAACUUGGUGUACCUGUGUGAGGCCCUCAACCUGCCUGAGGUCGCCUCUUACUGGCAGCAGGUGAUCGACAUGAAUGAGUACCAGCGGCGGCGGUUUGCUUGCAGGAUUAUCGACUGCCUCUUCAACACUGUCACUGGUAAAAAGAUCGCUCUGCUGGGCUUCUCCUUCAAAAAAGACACAGGUGACACAAGGGAGUCGUCAAGUAUCUACAUCUCAAAGUAUCUGAUGGAUGAAGGAGCCAAGCUGUUUAUCUACGACCCCAAAGUGCUUAAAGAACAAAUCAUUCAUGACCUCUCACAGCCCAACAUCUCAGAGGACAACCCAGACAGAGUGUCGGAGCUGGUGACUGUGACCUCAGACCCUUACGAAGCCUGCCAGAGUGCGCAUGCUUUGGUCAUCUGCACUGAAUGGGACAUGUUCAAGGAGCUGGAUUAUGAGAAGAUUUACAAGAAGAUGCUGAAGCCAGCCUUUAUAUUUGACGGUCGCAGAGUGCUGGACCACCUCCAUGCUCACCUGCAGAACAUCGGCUUCCAGAUUGAGACCAUCGGUAAGAAAGUGACAGCAUCAAGAAUCCCCUACACCCCAUCAGCUGUAGGUCCUCGCAUCGCUGUCAGUGAACCUCCCACCAAGAAAGCCAAAGUCUGAACAUCUUUCCCUUUGCCCAACUCACAUGACAAGCUACGCAUUCCUGUCUGCCUUUUUUAUUGCUGGUGAAAAAUUUGAUUCAAGCCUGACUGCUCUGCUGUUUGGUUCUUACAUUAUUAUUGAGACGGUUGACCUGCUGCUCCCUGCAGGAGGUGAGAGGAGAGAAACAAGCUGAGCCUUCAGUCCAAAACUGUAUAAAUGUGAUAAAUGAAUGUGCUUGAAUCUCUGAAUGAAGUUUAGUGAUGAAUCAUUCAACCAACAGAUACAAUUAAUUUUUUACAUUUCAUGUCUUAAAGCAUUUCAUGUGCAGGCAUACACGAUGCUUUCAAAUAGUUAAAGGAACACUAUUAAUGUAAGUCUACUUUCUUAAAGUAUUUACAUUAUAUAAUCAAGUAUUACUGCAAAUUUUAUACUUAUUUUUUUAAGUAUUUUUAUAAAUCAUCUUACUGUAUGUUGAUCAAUGCAUUCUUGAAUCAU